AAUAAAUUUAUAUAAAGCGCGAUUACCAGUCAAUCGAAUUCGUGUUGAAGAAGCCAGUUUUGGCUCUCAUUCUCUUUGCAACUAGUAAUCUCUCCAAUGGCGUCCGAUUUCGUCGGUUGGCCUCCUGGCUUCCGAUUUCAUCCUACUGAUGAAGAACUCAUCCUUUACUACCUUAAACGCAAGAUUUCUCGUCGUAAAUUGAAGCUUGAUAUUAUUGCUGAUGUUGAUGUUUACAAGUGUGAACCUGAUGAUUUGCCUGGUUUAUCUCUUUUGAAAAAUGGAGAUCGACAGUGGUUCUUUUUCAGCCCCAGGGACAGGAAGUAUCCAAAUGGGUUGAGGGCAAACAGGGCUACCAGACAAGGGUACUGGAAAGCAACCGGAAAAGACAGAACUAUUUCUUGCAACUCGAGGAAUGUUGGUAUUAAGAAGACUUUAGUUUUUUACAAGGGUCGUGCUCCUUCUGGUCAGCGUACAGAUUGGGUGAUGCAUGAAUAUAUCCUGGAGGAAGAUGAGCUUAAGAGGUGUCAAAAUGUUGUUGAUUAUUAUGUCAUCUACAAGCUUUUCAAGAAGAGUGGUCCAGGUCCUAAAAAUGGCGAGCAGUAUGGAGCUCUCUUUAAGGAGGAAGAUUGGCUUGAAGAUGAUUGCCUUAAUGCUCCUCAACAGUUGGUCGAGAUUUCUCCCUCUGAUAGGUGUACGAAUGUCCAAGUAGACCGUAUGGUGAGUGAUACCGGCAAGAUUAUAAAUCACCACCCCACUGGGCCUGCACCAUCUCCCGCUAUUGUUGAUGACUUUGAACAAGUACUCUCUGAGUUUCUUGGUGAAGAAGAAAAUCAGAGUACAGUGGUUGAUGUUUCUCCUCCUGGUAGUUGUAGGAAUGCCCAAGUAGACCGUUCAGUGAGUGAUACCGGUAGGAUUAUGAAUAACCUUCCCAGUGGGCCUGCACCAUCUCCGGUUAUUGCUGUAGACUUUGAGCUAGCACUCUCCGAGUUUAUUGGUGAAGAAAAAAAUCAGAGCACGGUAACUAAUCCGUCUUUUGGAACCAAUAGACUCGUGCUGGAGGGUGAUUAUAUUGAAAUGGAUGAUCUUCUUGGUCCUGAGCCUGUCCAAGGCUCGAGUACCUGUCCUUCACAGCCAAUUGGUGGUGAAUUGUCUUUCCCUCUGGAUUCUCAGUUAGGAGUCGAAGAUGGGUUGAGCAAUUUUGAUUUGUUUUACGAUACUGAGGCCAUGCUUUGUAAUUUGGCACCUAAUGAUGAACCACAGCCUCCAGCUCAGUAUUCAAGGUCACAGGAAAGUGAGUCAAUCCACCAACGUGACUUUGGAGUGACUUCAUAUCCUAGUACUCAGGAAGGUGGACCCACUAACCUAGUUGACUUUGGAGGUUAUUCAUACACCAUGUUUCAAGAUGAUGAAUUGGUGCACCAAGUAAACUCUGAGAUGCAUUCAUACCUCAGGUCAGAUGAAGGUGGAUUAGCCAACAAAGUAGACUUUGGAAUGCAAUCAUAUGAGGAAGGCAUCAGUUCAGACGGGGGCGAGAUGUGGACUUAUGCAGCAAAUCCUUGUCUCACCAACUUCUCAGAGACACAGAAAGGCUUUGCAUCCCUACCAUCCUCAGGUGUCACACACAACGCAAGUAUCUCUACGAAAUCAAAUCAAAAACAAGUGGUUGAUAGCUCUCAACCUUGGUCAUCGACUUUGUGGUCGUUUGUGGAUUCCAUACCUGCUGCCCCUGCAUCAGCUGCUGAGAGUGCUUUGUUGAACAAGGCAAUUCAGAGAAUGUCAAGUUUCAGUAGGUUACGGCUAAAUUCUAAAAGUACCAUCUCUGCUGGUGUAGGUAGUGCUACCAAGUCUUCUUCUAGUGCAGGUGUAGGAUCCAGGAUAAAGGGAUACUUCUUUUUUUCAUUUUUGGCUGCUUUAUUUGCUAUUGUAUGUGUUUUUAUUGGUAUAAAUGCCAAUGUUUAUGGAAAAUUACAUUGGCGCAUGAAUUUAUGACUGCAUUUCCUUCAUGGUUUAGUGUACUGAGGGAAGAACCAAUGGUAGUAAAUAUGUCAAUUUUCAGUGUUAUUAUAUAUCAACACCAAAAUUUACUCA